GCUACAGAAUUCCAUGAUUGCUUUGAAAACAAAAACCAAAAGAAAAAUAAAACAAAAACAAAAGCACCACACCUUUAUCAAGAACUGAAAAGGUAAAAAGAUUUAAAUCUUAUACUAAGUUAACUCAUAAGUUAAAAGUUUAAUCACUUUUCAUGCAUAACUAUAGUUCACACCAUCUUUUCAAGCUGAUUAGGCAGGCCUACUUCAAUAAAAACUAUAUAAACUCAAAUCCUGUCCUAACUUCCAUGCAAAUUUCCACCAACUCCAUUCCAUUGUACCAUUCUGAACAUGUUGAACCUGAAAUUCUUUUUCUUGUUUCUGUUUUUUUUCGAUUUAUAUUGUAAAUCAAGCUCACCAAGUAACAACAAUUGACUGAAUCUUGCGAUUCGGGUACCUGGUACUUGGCUUUGAAAUCGAUCUCGGUCACAUCUUCUGAAAUGGGUAGCACUCAGAUGUUUCAUUUGAUGCUGUUUUUCUCAGUACUUGGUGCUGUUAUCCAUGGGGAUAAUUCAACAGACUCAUACUGGCUCAUGAGAAUAAAAUCAGCACUCAUUGAUCCAGUAGGAGUUCUUGACAACUGGUCUCCAAGCUCUAACAUGUGCACCUGGAAUGGAUUGACAUGUUCAGAUGAUCAAACCCGUGUUGUGGGUCUGAACCUUUCUGGGUCAGGACUAUCAGGUCUGAUCUCUCCUGACUUCUCAAAGCUCACUUCACUUCAAACACUUGAUUUUUCAAUGAAUUCCCUCACUGGGUCGAUCCCACCGGAACUCGGGAAGCUUCAAAAUCUACGAGAGCUGUUGCUUUAUUCAAACAACAUCUCCGGUAGGAUUCCUGAAGAGAUCGGCCUUUUGAUAAAACUGGAAGUUCUUAGAAUAGGAGAUAACAUGUUAACCGGACAAGUUCCGCGAGACAUUGGUAACUUGACCGAGUUGAGAGUUCUUGCACUCGCUUAUUGCCAAUUAAAUGGAAGUAUCCCAGUUGAAAUUGGUAAGUUGAAGCAUCUCAAAUCUCUUGAUUUGCAGAAGAACAGUCUCAGCGGCCUCAUACCACAAGAGAUCAGUUUUUGCUUAGAGCUCCAAAACUUUGCAGCUUCCAACAACAUGCUUGAAGGAGAAAUCCAUGCUUUGAUGGGAAAGCUUGAAUCAAUUCAAGUUCUGAACUUAGCCAAUAACAGCCUUACCGGAUCGAUUCCUAUAGAGUUGGGUCGUCUCUUCAACUUGAAGCACCUCAACUUGCUUGGGAACAGAUUGAAUGGAGAAAUCCCAUCAGAGAUCAACAAUUUGGGUAAUCUUGAGAGGCUCGACUUAUCGAAAAAUAACCUCUCAGGCAUAAUCACCGUUCUCACUACCCAAUUGAAGAACCUCCAGGUUCUUGUCCUGUCUGAUAAUUUCUUGACAGGUGACAUUCCGCGCAACCUCUGCGUUGUGGGUUCAAAUUUGCAGCAACUCUUUCUUGCUGGAAAUAAGCUCUCUGGCAAAUUCCCCAUGGAACUGCUGAAUUGUUCAUCUCUUCAACAAUUAGACCUUUCGAACAACGAAUUUGAAGGAGAACUACCAUCUGGGCUGGACAAACUAGAGAACCUCACAGAUCUCUUACUCAACAACAACAGUUUUUCGGGUACUCUAAAUCCAGUAAUUGGAAACAUGACCAACUUGGUGACGUUUUAUCUGUUUGGCAACAUGAUCACAGGUGGGCUUCCUGGUGAAAUUGGGAAGCUGCAGAGAUUGAGUGUUCUAUAUCUCUAUGACAAUCAGAUGUCAGGAAACAUACCAGUGGAGCUAACAAACUGUUCAAGUUUAACAGAGAUUGAUUUCUUUGGAAAUCAGUUUACAGGGUCAAUUCCACAAACAAUUGGGAGGCUUAAAAAUCUGGUUUUCCUUCAACUGAGGCAGAAUGAUCUAUCGGGUCCGGUCCCACCUAGCUUGGGCUACUGCAAGAAGCUCCAGACACUGGCUUUGGCAGAUAACAAGCUCUCAGGAACACUCCCACGAACAUUUAGAUUCCUCUCAGAGCUACUCCUUAUCACUCUUUACAACAAUUCAUUUCAAGGUCCUCUCCCUCAAGCUCUCUCCCUUCUAAAGAACCUCACAAUCAUAAACUUCUCUAAUAACAGGUUCAGUGGAAGCCUCUUCCCUCUCUUAGGUUCAAGUAAGCUAACCAGACUAGACUUGACAAACAACACCUUUUCAGGUCCCAUUCCUUCCACACUCUUCAUGUCGAAAAAUCUGACCCGUCUUCGCCUUGCUCAUAACCUUCUUUCUGGGACCAUAUCUUCCGAAUUUGGCCACCUCACAGAGCUUAAUUUCCUCGAUUUAUCGUUCAACAAUUUAACAGGAGAGUUGGCAUCAGAGCUCUCAAACUGCAACAAACUAGGCCACUUCCUACUCAACAACAACCGACUUUCAGGCAUGAUUCCUCCAUGGUUAGGAUCCUUUCAAGAACUUGGUGAGCUUGAUCUUUCAUCCAAUGAAUUUCUUGGGAAACUACCUUCAGAAAUCGGGAACUGUUCAGGAUUGCUUAAACUCGAUCUCCAUGGAAACAAACUGUCAGGUGAAAUCCCAUCUGAGAUAGGAAGUCUAACUUUUUUGAAUGUCCUUAGCCUAGACAGAAACAACCUUUCUGGAUCAAUUCCUUCUACAAUUCAGCAAUGUAAGAAGCUCUAUGAGCUGAGACUCUCAGAAAACUUCUUGACUGGUUCAGUACCAUCCGAACUCGGAACACUUACUGAGUUACAAGUUAUUUUGGACCUGAGUACAAAUUUCCUCUCUGGGGAAAUUCCUUCCUCUCUUGGAAAUCUUGUGAAGUUGGAAAGAUUGAACCUUUCUUUCAAUCAGCUCCAAGGACAUGUCCCACCUUCACUUGGAAAGCUGACUAGCCUCCACAUGCUUAACCUGUCCAACAAUCAUCUCCAAGGCCAACUUCCAUCAACCUUUUCAGGAUUCCCACUCAGCUCAUUCUUGGGCAAUGACAGACUAUGCGGCCCACCACUAGCGCCGUGUUUGGCAUCAAUGGGUCAGGGUAAAAAAGAGCUUUCUAACACUGCUGUUGCCUGGAUUGUAGUGGCUAUUGUAUUUACCUCUACACUGAUAUGCUUGGGGUUGAUAUAUGUCAUGUUGAGAAUAUGGUGUAAUUGGAGAAAGGUCUCGAUUUCGAGCUCCGACGCGGGUCUUGAACAUAAGAGGGAAGAGGAGAAAUGGGUCUAUGGUGAAGAGAUGAUGAGAAGGAACGUUGAUCAAUAUUGGAAGGUGGACUCCAUGGCAUUGGUUCCUUCACAAGAUAAGCAAAUUUCUACAGGAACUUGUGUUUUCCACAUCAAAAUGGACACAGAAACCAUGGAUCAUUCGUUAGCUUGAGUUGUGCUUUCAAGGCAGUAGUUUGAUCUUUUGAUUUUGUAUACUUCUUUUCCAUUCUUGACUUUUUUUUCUUUUUUUCCUUCUCUUUUUUUUUUUCAAUGUGAUAAAGUGAAUGUGUAGUGAGGUUGAAAACCGAGAUCUAAACUGUUGACAAAAGUUCAGUGUGGGAGAAUUCCACUUUCCAACCAUGGUUUGUGUUACAAAAUAAAAUAAAAUGAGUGUAUAUAUCCUCAUUUUUGUA